UGCAAGCCAUCUCCCUUUCGCGUCGUCCAUCGCCAUCGCCACCGCCAUCCUCCGUCUCCGAUCCGGGGUCCGUCUGUGCAUCAAGCAACCAUGGUGGAAAAGACGAAAAUCCGCAAGGAUGAGGUCGUGACUCGCGAGUACACCAUUAAUCUCCACAAGAGACUGCAUGGCUGUACUUUCAAGAAGAUGGCUCCCAAGGCAGUGAAGGAGAUCAGGAAGUUUGCCCAGAAGACCAUGGGGACCAGUGAUGUGAGACUUGAUGUUAAGUUGAACAAGCACAUCUGGAGCAGGGGUGUCCGCAACGUUCCCACCAGAGUCCGAGUGCGCAUUGCCAGGAAGCGCAAUGACGACGAGGAUGCUAAGGAGGAGUUGUACUCGUACGUUUCUGUUGCUGAGGUACCCGCUGAAGGGUUCAGAAAUUUGGGAACCAAAGUCGUAGAGGAGGAGGAAUAGGUCUCUACCUAGCCCCCGAUUUUGAGCUUGUAAUAUGAAAUGGCGUCCACUCCUAUCGAUUUGCCGUGUUCUUUAUUCUAAGGGUAAUACAAGACCUUAACAUGAGGUUUCUCAGUAAUUGAGUUCUUUCUGUCA